AUGUCACAGCAAGAGCACCAGAUGUCGGCCACCGACAUCCGGAAGUCAGUCAGAGACUUGGUCACUCUCAGGGGUGGCGCGAACAUCUCCAUUGCAACCCAAGAUUCCAAUUUCCGACAGGAGGCUUACAAACACACACUCAACUACCUCUUCGACUGGGCCGACUAUCACCCCAAUGGCUUCACGGAGUGGUACGUCGAGAACAUCGACAUGCUGCGCCAUACGGAGGGAUACGCGCGGCCCGAGGGCAGCCUCACCGGUCACAAGGGCAUUGCGGUGGCCUUUCAGAAAUUGGAUCGCCUGCACCGAACGGCCGUGCCCAUCAUCAUCCUCAUCGACCGCGGCCGCAUCACCUGUCACGUCGAAGUUUUCCUGCGCUCCAAGGACAGUCUCGGAUUCACAAAGACCACGUACGUCUUCAUUCUCGAUCUCGACAGCAGCUGCAGGUUCCGGCGCGUCGAGCAACGCAUCAUUCGAGAGACGAAAUUCCACAUGGACGAGCUUGACAAGAUGUUGGAGGAUUCGAAGAGCAGGCGCAUCUACCAAUCCUUCUGA